AUGGAUGUUAAUCGUGAUAAUUUUUAUGAUGUUUUACCAGAAAUUUUAAAUGAUAUAAAUAAUGCUGAUUAUGUAGCAAUUGACGGUGAAUUUACAGGAAUAUUAGCAUUUGAUAAAAUGAAUUAUUUUGAUACUCCAGCUGAACGAUAUAAACGUCAUUAUGAAUGUGAUAGACAUUAUUUAAUGGUUCAAGUGGGUCUUGCAAUGGUUCGAUGUUUAAAUCCAACAGAAAAUCGAUAUUCAUUAAAAGCUUAUAAUUUUUAUUUAUUUCCUGAAAAUGAAACAGAUGCAUUUGAUUUUCGAUCAAAAAGUUCAUCAUUACAAUUUCUAGCAGCUAAUCGUUUUGAUUUUGUUCAAUUAUUUCUCAAAGGAAUUCCUUUUGUUUGUAGAACAAAACAUUUAGAAAAAUUAAAAAAUUCACAAUUAACAUCAUUAACACGUCGUAAUAAUAAUCGUCAGAUACCUAAUGGUAAUAAUAAUAAUAAUGAAAAAAAAUCUGAAACAAUGACAAAUUCACCAAAACAAUCUGAAAUUAAUAAUUUGUCAGAUGCAGAUUUAUUAAAAAAAUCAAUGACUGGAUUUUCAGAAGUUAUUUGGAAACUACAAGAAUCUGGCAAACCUGUGAUUGGACAUAAUGUUCAUAUGGAUAUGCUACAUAUAAUCAAUCAAUUUUUUACACCUAUACCUCCUUCUUAUGAUGAAUACAAAUCUAUUGUUAAAUCUUUAUUUCCUAAGUUAAUCGAUACAAAAACAAUUGCAUCAACAUCAAUUUUUCAAAAUAUUAUUUCAAAUACAGCAUUGAAUGCUGUUUAUAAAACAAUACGUGAACCAUCAUUUCCAGCAUGUCGUUUUGAAACUGCUGAUGAUUUUCGGUAUGCAUCGGGUGAACAUGAACAUACAGCUGGUUAUGAUGCUACUUGUACAGCUGUAUGUAUGACAAAAAUGAUGGCAUAUAUUGCUGAAAAAACUGAAUUUAAAGAAAAUCCUAUUGAACAUACAUUAAUUAAUACGUUUAUUGGAAAAUUAUUUUAUAUGCGUUCAUUUGAUUUGAAAUAUUCUGAUAUGUUGAAUGAUGAUGAUUUACCUGAUCGAUCUUGUGUCUUUUAUGUAAUACAUCCUCAAACAUGGUCAACAGCAAAUAUACGAGAAUUUUUUUCUCAAUGGAAUCUUCUUUCAUAUGAUCGAUUCGAUUUAACAACACAUAUUCUUGCAGUAUCAUUAAAAAAAGAUACAAUAGAGACAAUGUUAACAAAAAUGCGUGCAAAUGAUAAAAAUUUAACAAUUAUACCUUAUGCAGAAUAUAAUCGAAUUGAUCCAUCGACAAUAAAAAUUAAAGAACCUAAUCAUCUAUUUGAUAUUGAUCCAAAUAAUAGAAAAUCUAAUAAACGAACUUAUAUUGAUAAAGAUGCAGUUACAUCAACACAAGAAAUAACAAUAACUACGACUACAGUCGAAAUAUCUUCUGAUACAACCGAAAAAUCUAUAAAACCAACAAGAAGUUAUAAUGAUCUAUUAUUAGAUAAUAAAAUAAGUCCAACAAUUGAACAAUUAAUUGAACAAAAAGAAAAAACACGAGGAAUUAAAAGACAAAAAUUAUUUGAAUAUGAUGAUGAAUGGUAA